CUGGGGGCGCCGCUAUUCCCACGAUUAGGGCCCGCUCUCGUCGGGGCGGCUGCUCGGACUCUGCCGACCGCGGCCUUGCUGGCGAGAUGGCGGCCGAGAUCCACUCGCGGCCUCAAAGCAGCCGGCCGGUCCUGCUGAGCAAGAUCGAGGGGCACCAGGACGCCGUCAGUGCUGCGCUCGUUAUCCCCAAAGAGGACGGCAUCAUUACUGCCAGCGAGGACAGGACAAUUAGAGUAUGGCUGAAGAGAGACAGUGGACAGUAUUGGCCCAGCAUCUACCAUACAAUGUCAUCUCCUUGUUCAACUAUGGCUUAUCAUCAUGACAGUAGACGAAUAUUUGUAGGCCAAGAUAACGGAGCCAUUAUGGAAUUUCAUAUUUCAGAAGACUUUAAUAAGAUGAAUUUUGUCAAGACUUAUCCAGCUCACCAGAACAGAGUGUCAGCAAUCAUUUUUUGCUUGGAAGCAGAAUGGGUGAUUAGCACUGGCCAUGAUAAAUCUGUCAGUUGGAUGUGUACCAGAAGUGGAAAUAUGUUGGGAAGACACUAUUUCACUUCCUGGGCAUCUUGCCUACAAUAUGACUUUGAAACCCAGCAUGCCUUUAUUGGAGACUACUCUGGACAGAUUACUCUAUUGAAGCUAGAACAGAGCACGUGUUCAGUGAUCACAACUCUCAAGGGUCAUGAAGGAAGUAUUUCUUCUUUGUGGUGGGAUCCUGUUCAGCGAUUACUUUUCUCUGGAGCAUCUGAUAAUAGCAUAAUCAUGUGGGACAUUGGUGGAAGAAGAGGUCGGACCCUGCUUCUUCAAGGUCAUCAUGACAAGGUGCAGGCCCUCUGUUACCUCCAUCUCACACGACAACUGAUUUCUUGUUCAGCAGAUGGAGGGAUCACAGUCUGGAAUAUGGAUGUUAGUAGAGAAGAGGCCCCACAGUGGUUAGAAAGUGAUUCCUGUCAGAAAUGUGAGCAGCCGUUUUUCUGGAAUAUAAAGCAGAUGUGGGAUACAAAGACCCUGGGUCUGAGGCAGCAUCACUGUAGGAAAUGUGGUCAAGCAGUAUGUGGCAAAUGCAGCACGAAACGCUCCAGCUAUCCUAUAAUGGGCUUUGAAUUCCAGGUCCGGGUUUGUGACUCUUGUUUUGAGUCUGUCAAAGAUGAAGAUCGUACCUCUUUGGCAACUUUUCAUGAAGGAAAACACAACAUAUGCCAUAUGUCCAUGGAUAUUUCAAGGGGACUUAUGGUGACAUGUGGAAGUGAUCGUGUAGUAAAGAUUUGGGACAUGACACCAGUAGUGGGUUGUAGCCUUGCAACUGGAUAUACUUCCCGUUGAUCCGGGCUUUCCAGAAUAGUAUACUGUAUGCAUCAAGUGGAUAUCUUCCCUUUCCUACUCCUGCCACACAUGCCAGCUGCUUGACUUUGAGAAUAUCAUUUUCCUAAGAUAGACAUUUUUGUUUAGGGCUUACAAAGAAUGGUGGAAGGUACCGGGUACAAGUUGAUGGCCUGUGGAAUGAACAGUAGGAAGGUUUACAUACAACAAAAUAUCCGGCAUAGGAAGACCACUCAUAGCUUGAUUUUACUUGUAGCAUUCAGUGUGCUUUCUCUGCUGAAAUGAUAUUGUACUGUGGCUAAGGGUUAAAAUGAGUACAGUAUACUGUAGUGACAACAAAACAUGUUCAAAAUGUAUUCUUUGUAAACUGUCCCGGUAGACUAGUUUUGUCUUAUGAAUAGUCACUGUGAAUAAUGGUGCACAGACUUUGAAUAUAACUUUGCCAGCAGGAGGGAAAACAUUUCUUUCCCAGCAGCAUUGCAAUAGGGGUGGGGGCAUUGAUAGUGUGUUUUGGACUGUUUUGUUUCUCUGUUACAUUUGAUGUUGUUCCAGUUUUAAAUUGUCUAUUGCGAAAGGGGUGGAUAGAUCCUUGGCAAAACACUAAACAUGGUUUCAAUAAUGGCUGAAGCUAAAUGAGGGAUUUGAAUCAUACUUUUUGUAUGUAGUAAAAGGGUACAGUUGAGGUUUGGUGAAAUAGACAGUAAAGGUAUGUUGAACAAAAGGCUUAUUUGUGGUGUACAAAUAAGAUUUUUAGUUCAAUUUCAG